UCAUUCUGACGGACGACAACUUUUCUUCCAUCGUCAAGGCGAUCAUGUGGGGGUCGUUGCGUGAACGACGCAGUCCGGAACUCCUACAGUUCCAAAUCUCCAUCAACGUUACUGCUGUGGUGAUCACUUCCGUAACCGCCAUCGCUCCUAGUUCCAAAACGUUGGCGUUAUCCCCUAUUCAACUGUUGUGGAUCAAUAUCAUCAUGGACACGUUCGCUGCACUUGCGCUUGCCACGGACCCUGCAUCGCCGGCGCUACUGGGCCGGAUGCCUGAUAAGCAGACGGCACCGCUUUUCACUGUGGAUAUGUACAAGCAGAUUUUGUUGCAGUCCGUCUACCAGAUCACCGUCAUCCUGCUAUUCCACUUCCUUGGCAUCCAGAUUUUGGGCUUUGCGGAGACGUCGGGGAAUAACACCAUUGUACAGACGCUGGUCUUCAAUGCCUUUGUUUUUGCUCAGAUAUUCAAUUCGGUGAAUGCGCGAAGGCUGGAUCGGAAGCUCAACAUCUUUGAAGGCAUGCUCAACAAUCGGUGCUUCAUGGCUAUUACCCUCAUCGAGAUCGCUGUGCAAGUGGUCAUCGUGUUCAUCGGAGGCACCGCAUUCCAGGUGACGCGUAUCGGAGGUCGUGAAUGGGGCAUCUCAAUCGCCCUUGGCUUCGUAUCCAUCCCCCUCGGCGCGCUCAUCCGCCUGCUGCCAAACGGACCCUUUGAACGCCUCUUCAUCUUAAUGCGCUUACUGCCCAAACGUCAAGGCGAUCUUCCAAGAGUUCGCUCAGAUGUUGGAUGGAACUCUCCGAUUGAACUUGCGCCUCAUAAUCUCGCCACGUUCUCUAACGUGCGGGGUGGGCGACUUCGUUCGUCUUCAUUCGUCAUGAACAGUCAGGCUAGCCUACACCAAGAUACACGUGUUCCUCUCCUUUCGUCGACGCCUAUUACAUCUUCCAUCGGAACUAGCCGGGCACCACCAUCACGCAGUACUCCAUCGAACCCCACUCGUCAUUAUCCCUCGGAUUCCUCUGCUGCCCUCCAGGAAGGCAGAUCCCAAACUCAUCCCGAAACGAGCCCAGAUGAUGCACUGAUCCCACAAAAUGGGGCCGCGGAGACCGUCCACCUCUGGGAUUAUAUAUUGGACAUUACUACUUUUUUGUUGACUCACUUGGACUAA